AUGUACGGCGGAUAUGGCACCGCGAGUCCACCCCUGACGAACAACCCUUUCCUCUCCAACACAAGUCAACAUCCUGGGUCUCGAUUCCCAGAUAUCUCGAGUUCGACCGCGACGUUUGGUGGCCAGCAGCAGCAGCAACAGUGGGACGAUGGAUCGAUGGUGGGAGGAGGGCAAUAUCCUCAGCAACAGCAGCAGGGGAUGUAUCAACAGCCGCAGCAGUAUCCGCAGCAGCUCCAAACGGGAUUUGGACAGCAGCAGAUGGGGAUGGGAACCGGCAUGGGUAGCGGCUUCGUCUCGCCUGGGCAGCAGAGCUAUCCUAGUCCACCUCCUGGCGGACAUCAGUUCCACCCCUCCAGUGCGUUUGGACAACAACUCGCGGCGAGUGUGUCUGGGAGCAGCUAUGGGUACCUUAAUGGCCAGCCCCAGCAGCAGAAUACCACCGCAUAUAACCCUGCACAGCAGCAGCUUCAGAAUAACCCAGGGUAUAUUGCCUCACUUGAUCCGUACGCGUCGGUCGGCCAGGGCUGGGGAGACAACAGCCUUACUUCACCAACGAGCAGCGUCGGCGCCUCGUCACCUAUCAGCUCCAACCCGAGCAUGGGGAUUGCUCAUAGUAUGAGCACCGGGUCCACCAUGUCCUCGACGUCAACAUCUUCUGUCCCGUCCGGCGCCUCUUUUGGCAUCUCUGCCUCUGGUGAUCCUCAUCCGAAGGAUUAUAUCCGGACACAUAAGGCUGAGAUCGAGGCGUGGGACAGCUACGCUUGGAAGCAGCUGCUCAGCACAUUUGAGGCCCUGAAGAAGGCAUGGGAGAAUAGGAAGGGAGAGCUUACUGCAAGAGCGCGAGAGGUUGUUGCGCAAGGACAAAUGGGGAUGCAAUAUGGCGGCUACUAUGCCCAACAGAUCCAACAAGAAGCUGGAAGAUUGCAAGGGCUUUUGAAAGAGGCCGAGUCCAAUUUUGACACGAUUGCGGCGUCUUCGUUCCAAAUGCAAGAAGUCUUUCAGGGUUACCGACAAUCAGGCGAUCAAGCCAGCAAACGCCGCGUGCGAGAGGCGACUAAUGCGGCGCUGCAAGGUCUUCCGACUUACCCGCAACCGUUCUGA